AUGAGCCCUCUGCCGGCUUCGGAGUUGUUCCAGCACUUCACCGUCGAGCUCGACGCCGGCCCCAACGCCUUGUUUGGGGGUGGGGAGAGGGUGACAGGCCAUGUUAAGAUCAAACUCAAGAAGGCCACCGUCAUCCAGGUCAUUCGGAUCCAGUUCAAAGGCCGCGCCUGUCUCAAGGACCACAAAAAAGGUCAUGACAUCGAAAAGGUGAGGUAUAAUUAGGUCUUUUGGGGUAAUUAAGAGACAUAAGGUAAUUAGAGCCCAUUCGAAGGCAUAAUCACCUUAAUUUGUUUCUUUUCAUUAUGACUUUACUUUCUGUCACGAUGACUGAAUUCAUAAUCAAAAGUUUGUUUUUCUUGUCAUAAUGACAUUAUUUUUUGCAGAUUUUCUUCGACAAAGACUUUGUUUUACUUGAACGGCCUCCAGGCAAGCCGGAUCCAGGUCAUUUCCAAUGGAAGGCCGACUUCGAUUACUCACUUCCAUUUGAAUACCUGCUGCCAGUCGGUUGUCCCAGCUCUUUCGAGAGUCCCGACGCCUUUGUGCGGUAUUUUGCACGAGUAACGUUACAAACAUGCGAAGAUCAAUCGGUAAGAAGAGUUUCAAAAUAAAACAAACUCAGAGCUUGAAGACAUUCAUAUUAACAAUGACUAAUCUAAUACUAUAAUACUUUGUAAUGUUACAAUACUUUUCAAAAAGCUCUUAUUAAUAUUUAAAGUCCCAGUAAACAUAGGAGUUAUAAAAACAUAUAUUGUAGCCCAUCUACAUUGCAAAACGUCACUUCUCAAUAUACGAUUUGGAAUCUACCGCUGCAGUAAACCCUCAAUAUGAAGAGCCCUAUACCUACAGGAAAUCCUUCAAGUCCUCUGGAUGUUGUUGUUGUAAACGGAAGAUCUACAUGGAGUUGGUGAUGCCAAAAAGAGUAUUUCAUGCCAAUGAGAUACUACAGUCAAAGCUUAUCAUUGACAAUAUUUCUGACACCAAAAUUGCUCAAAAUGUAAGUCAAUCUACAUUGAAAAGGCCAUUAAACUUAUGUUUUAACUAUUUUACACGGUUUCCCAAACAUAAACAAAUGCCAUUUUUAAAUAGACCUUAAUUUAGCACACUAAAACUUUAAGAAUUCCAAAGUUACUGUAAUUUGUAAUCUAACUUUAGAUCGCCUACAACAUAGUCGAACGUAUCUCCAAAACUGACACUCCUGACAACGAGGUCCAGAAACAGCCAGCUCGAGUCAUUAAAUCUGGAAAAGUUAAUGGAGAAAAUGUCGAGAAACGGCGAAAUACGAUCGUCAUAAAUCAACUCGACUUCCCCGCAGCUCCAAUUUCCAUUUCGAACUCACUAGGUAAAGAGUUAAUUAAGGCUGAGGAGAUGCCAAACAUAUAGUUUUAAUAACCAGACAACAGGAAUUUUGCUGAAAAUGUUAGCAUAGUAAACUGAUAACCUUUGUUUUACUAAAAGGCAUUGAAUUUGCCUAAAAGCCAGUAAAAUACUUUUUUUUUUAAUUUUCCUUUUCUUUUUGAUAUUUCUGUCUACUUUUUUUGACCAACUUCAAAUACUAAAUCCUGUAAAAUCUUAUGUCAGUUAAAAAUACUGUUUCAGCGUUAUCUACACUGCCCCGAGAAAAGUCGACUCCAGCAUUGUCACCCGAUGACUCUGCCACCAAACUCUUCGAUCAUCCAUCAAUUAUAUCUCAGUCCCGGAAAGAGCCACUGUUUGACAUUCAUUAUGCACUACAAGUAAGAAACAGCUGGCUUACAAACUGUUUUGUUACUUUUUCUAAAGUGCAAACAUUAUUUUUUCACGUCAGAUCUAUUUUUAGGAUACGAAAAGCUUUUUAGUCCCUAAAACAUAACAAUGUGUCAAGCAAUAUACAUUAUGAUAACUCAACCUUAUUUCAGAUUCUAAUAGGAAAGUUCCUGAUAGAAGUUCCAUUCACAGUGAAACCGACUGACCCAACAGAAACAAAGUCUGCCUUCCAAUCUCCCAAUCACUCUUCCAAUGUCGUCAAGUUUGUACCUUCACAAGUUACAGAAAUCAGCACGUCUGGCCACGGUGAGAACCGAGAUCCAUUCGCUGAACCAGAUGAAACUGACAAACUCUUUGUGGGAAGUGCCGACUACUCAUUCGUACCAUUAGUACCAGUCUAUGAGGCCAUUCCAAAAGAAGAGAAUGAGUACCAAUGGCCUGCAUUGGGAACAUUCGGUCCUAAUAACAAGUUGAUUUGGCAUCCAGAUGAGAAAGAAGAGAAGGAAAAGAAAGAACAAGAAGCCAAAGAACUGAAAGCUCAGAGACAACGAGAAGCCAAAGAGGCCAAGAAGAAGGCCAAGGAAUUGAAAAAAGAAAAAGCUGAUAACAAAGAAACCGAACCUUUGAUUAAAAAUGACGGUCUUGCUGAAGAGCCUGAGGCAUCAACCUUAGUUGGUAGGUAAUAUUAUGACAACUUUCUGUUGAAACACUUCUUUAAACUCACAGAAAGUAAUGCGACUGAUAAGCUUUCAAAAUAAAGCUGAUUUACCCUAAUUUAACAUACUACAAUAUCUUAACUUGUUAACAAUACAAUUUUCAGUUGAAACAACAGAAGUCCGAGCAUUAGAACCAACAGAAGAUGGUACCUUUGUUGAGACUGAAAAGCGAUAUGUCGAAACCCGAACAGUUAAAGUAAUUGAACAACAUGGAGAUGGAGAAGCUCAAAUCACAGAAACCGUCACGGUGACAGAAGGCCAUGACAAUGAAGCUCCUACCAAAACAGUGUAUACAACAUCACACAACGAACAUCUUGACUACACACCUCCUAAAAACACAACAGAAGUCGUUGUCAAACAGGAACCUACUCCAGAAGUUCAAAUCAUCGUUGACGAGCCAGUAGCUUCAGCUAAUGAAGAUGAAACUACUGAUAAUGCCCCUGGACCUUCAGUUGAAGUUAACGGUUCAGAAGCUGUCAAUAACGGUGCACCUGCAGCUGAAGGAACAUCAGGAGAAGCACCUCAAUCAGUACAACAAGAACCCACGCCUGAUGUUGAUAACACUUUGAUCAAAACAGAAGAACUUCCUCACAGUCAAAGUCCAGAAGCCGAAAAUGGCGUGGAAAAGGGUGGAGAAGAUGCUCCAAUGAAGAAAGUUGUCAACGAAAUCAACGGCGAGAUCCAGCGAACAAAAGAGGCCGACGAAACUUCAUAA